AUGGUCCAUCUCGCCGAGAUCAAGCAUGAAGAUGCCACCACCGGCAAGCACAUCGACAAGGAGGUCAAGAAGUCCCACCUCCAGCUCGCCAACGAUGCCGACUGCUUCACCACCUCUGUCUACGGCUCCCGCUUCGCCUCGGCCGACCUGCCCCGCCACGAGAUCCCCGAGACCGAGAUGCCCAAGGAGGUCGCCUACCGCAUGAUCAAGGACGAGCUCAGCCUGGACGGCAACCCCAUGCUCAACCUCGCCUCUUUCGUCACCACCUACAUGGAGGAAGAGGCCGAGAAGCUCAUGACCGAGUCGUUCUCCAAGAACUUUAUCGACUACGAAGAGUACCCCCAGUCCGCUGAGAUCCAGAACCGCUGUGUCUCCAUGAUCGGUCGCCUCUUCAACGCCCCGGUCGGCCCCGAGUCCGGCGCUGGCGCCGUCGGCACGUCUUGUGUCGGUUCGUCCGAGGCCAUCAUGCUCGGUGUCCUGGCCAUGAAGCGCCGCUGGAAGAACAAGCGCAAGGCUGAGGGCAAGUCGUACGAGAACCCCAACAUCAUCAUGUCCUCGGCCGUCCAGGUCUGCUGGGAAAAGGCCACCCGCUACUUUGAGAUUGAGGAGAAGCUCGUCUACUGCACCCCGGACCGCUUCGUCAUCGACCCGAAGCAGGUCGUCGACCUCAUCGACGAGAACACCAUUGGCAUCUGCUGCAUCUUGGGCACCACCUACACCGGCGAGUACGAGGACGUCAAGGCCGUCAACGACCUGCUGGUCGAGCGCAACCUCGACGUCCCCAUCCACGUCGAUGCCGCCAGCGGUGGCUUCGUCGCCCCCUUCGUCAUGCCCGGCCUCGAGUGGGACUUCCGUCUGCCCAAGGUUGUGUCCAUCAACGUGUCUGGCCACAAGUACGGUCUUGUCUACCCCGGUGUCGGCUGGGUCGUCUGGCGCUCCGCCGAGUACCUGCCCCAGGAGCUCGUCUUCAACAUCAACUACCUGGGCGCCGACCAGUCGUCCUUCACCCUCAACUUCAGCAAGGGCGCCUCCCAGGUCAUUGGCCAGUACUACCAGCUGAUCCGCCUCGGCAAGCACGGCUACCGCGCCAUCAUGUCCAACCUCACCCGCACCGCCGACUACCUGUCCGACUCGCUCGAGAAGCUUGGCUUUGUCAUCAUGUCCAAGAAGUCGGGCGAGGGUCUGCCCCUUGUCGCCUUCCGCCUGCCCGACGUCAGGGAGAAGACCGACGACGGUAGCGAGCGCGUCUACGACGAGUUUGCCCUUGCCCACCAGCUGCGCGUCCGCGGCUGGGUCGUCCCCGCCUACACCAUGGCCCCCAACACCGACGGCCUCAAGAUGCUGCGCGUUGUCGUCCGCGAGGACUUUACCUGGAACCGCUGCGACGCCCUCAUUUCCGACAUCAAGCUGUGCAUGUCCUUCCUCGAGAACAUGGACAAGGAGGCCCUCCGCAAGACCCAGGAGUUUGUUCGCGACCACCACUUGGCUAGCUCCCGCGCCGAGCACAACCACCCUAAGUUCCGCAACGAAGAACACUCGAUCCAGGGCAAGACUGGCAAGACGCAUGCUAUCUGCUAA